GCGAAGCAGCCUUCCAUUCUUUUCGGCGGCAUCCUUCCGCAUUGGCGGCGAGUGGAGUGCCACAAUCCCAUUCAUCAUUUUUGAUCUACAUAAGCCAAAGCCCAUAGCACUGGCGACGUCUCCGGCAUAAAUGCGAGGAGGAUGUAUAGCUGAUAGAGGAUCUUGUGGAACAGGAUUUGAUUCUGCAAGCGGUUCGGUACGAACGAAGAAAUUUCGAACAAAAGGAUCGGAACUCGCUGAUAGGAAAGGAGAGAAAAACAAAGCAAUGCCAAGAGCUCCGUCAAUCCGCUGUUCUUCGAUAGACGAAGCUCUCUCUUUUUCAUCUCGUGCCCAACACCCAAAAGAGCAAAGCUCAUCUUUCUUCCAGGGUAAAGCGGCGCAUAAAAAAGGGCUGGCCCGUCAAAAGUCCGGUUCCUUCGCGAACGAAGUUCAGAAUCAACAAGGGUUCGUAGAACGAAGGGAGUGUACAACUGGGGCGCAGCCCCACUUUUUUGUUGGAGAGAUAGAAUGGAGUUCUUCACGAAGUUCGAGACAAAGGAAAAAAGAAAAGUUUCUCUAUAGCCUCUUCGUUUUGAGACAUUAUGGCUUUGGGGUCGACCCCGGUAACAAAGAAGGAAUCCAUAAAAAAAAGGGAUCCAACACCAUGAUAAAAUACUACCCUCAUGAUUAGACCAUGUCCCUGAAAUUUGAUAAAAGAAAGGUGCAUUAGCGGUUAAUACGUUGUAAUUGGAUAAGUUGUUUAGAAAAUGAAUGAACAAAAGUUGAAGGAAAGGAAUAAGAAUGCACCAAAAUGCAGGUAUCGCACCAAACGCUGGUUGUUCUUUCUUGUUGUAAGCAGGGUCGAUGGAACCGUCCCAAACCACCUAGUUUGGGAUGUCUCGAGCCGUACCAGCAGCGGACUGGGAUGGUUCCGGCAAUGAAUCGAGACGUCGUUGCCGGAGGAGGAGAAGGAGAAGGAAAGAGAGGAAAAAAGAGCGAGUGGGGAGGGAGGAAGGCCGGCGGAGGGUAGCGCCCAGGCAGGAGACGGAAGCCACGGUCAGGUCUCCUGUUUCAUUCGAAACAGGGGUCCGACCGCGGCCUUCGCCUUCUACCCUGGCACCGGCCUCCACCAUCCUCUGCCGACCUCUCUUCUCCUUCUCUCUCUCUUUUCCUCUCCCGUUCGCCCUCUCUCCUGCCUCCUCUACUGUGUCGGUACAGGCCCGGCCCGACAGUACGGUGCCCGGUAGCAGCACAAUAAACCAUGGUUGUAAGUGAAUGCAAUGAAAGAUCCAAAAAUAACGAAUAAUGAGAGAAUUCAUUUAUAGACAUUCCGUGCUCAUUUCAAAAUUUCUGCUUUGUUAUUCCCAUCAUCCGGUAACCACAGGAUGAUCCCAAUCUCCUUUUAGUAAUAGAUCUUUUUGAUAUGUCUUAGUCUCCACGACAAGGAAAAAAAAAUGCAUCAAGUCCUUUAUCAAGAAAGUGGAUGAGCAUGGUGGUCCCUAUAUCUCUGAGGGGUGUACCACUGUAGUAGUUUUCAAGUCAGCUUAAGAGAGAGCUCGGCUCAAAAGAAAAAGUCACUCUCUUUAUUCUUUGCUAGUGGAAUGGAAGCAAGACUCUUUCCUAUCCACUUUGCCGAGGAGAGAGAACUAUCAGAUAACUCAAGCUAGACAGAAAGGUGCAAAAGUCCACAGUUCCUUAAGGAUCCUGUAAGCAAGUAGGUUCAGAUUGUCAUUUAGCUUCAAUUUCUUCAGUCUCACAAGUGGGUCCGCAUGCAACAAAUCAAAUUUGAUUUGCCUACUACUCCGACCUUGCCCCUAAAGGAUAAGGAAAUUGGACAAGAGCGAGACCAAGCCAGACGGAGAGUCAGUCCUUCCUUCCCAUUCGACGCGUGUCAAGUUGAAGAAAUGAAUGCAGCUUCAUUCUUUUGCUGGUUUACAUUCUUAAGGUUUUGUCGACCCUUUAGGACCGACUACAACACGACAACUAUCAAAGGUGGUACGCUCUCUCUGCUCGCGACUAGAAUAUAAGAUCCACGAACGCUAAGCUCUCCAUCUGCAAUGCCUAUAAGAUAAGCUAUCAAUCUGUAGGCUUUGCGCUGUUCACUUGUUAUGUUAAUAGGGGGCUGUUCGGUUCAAUAGGAGCCCUACUUCCUUCAGUCGCAAGCAAAUGAGUCCCCGCCGCCUUUCAUCUUGCCUUUGUUACGCAAGACGCCAACAAAGAACCUUGGCCCUCUCGCUUAAGGGUUUGGUACUUCAGUAGGGCUUGCCUCGACGGGCGACUACUUGGUUUGACUUCUAGGGCGACCUUCAGUAUUU